AUUAACUUUGUCCCUGCUGUUUGCCUAAACCCACUAGUCAUUCCCACACAACCCACUAGUGGGACAAUCACCUAUUGCCCUAGCACCAGAGCAGGCCAGGUAUGUGCACAGGAAGGUGGGCAACAUGGUGCUCAUGACUCUGCUCUGUCUGCUGCUACAACCGCCUGGCUUCAUCGCCCUAAUGAGAUAUCCAUUGGCUGAGUUUUUUCAUUUUCACAGCAGCCAAACAGACAUGUUUUCCUAUGCUCUUUCUUCUGAUGUUACAGUGAGGAGUCGGCCUCGUCGGUUCACUCAGCCUGAUGUCACACACUUGGAACUGCUGGUGGUGGUUGGACCUGACGUCCAGCAGCUCCACAAGCAGGAUACGGAACGUUACGUCCUCACCAACCUCAACAUAGCCUCAGAAUUGUUGAGAGACCAAAGUUUGGGUGCCAACAUGAGGGUGCACUUGGUCCGCAUGAUCAUUGUGUCAGAACCAGAGCCAGAGAUCCAAAUGUCUUCCAACAUCACUGCUUCUCUUCGAAGUGUGUGCGACUGGGGCAGAAGGAUAAAUCCGUCGAAUGACACAGACCCACUGCACGCAGACCUGCUCUUGUACAUUACAAGGUAUGACCUGGUGUUACCUGAUGGGAACAAGCAGGUCAGGGGAGUAACACAGUUAGGAGGGGUUUGCUCCAGUGAAUGGAGUUGUGUCAUCACAGAGGACACUGGCUUUGACCUGGGGAUCACUAUCGCUCAUGAGAUUGCACACAGUUUUGGCAUCAACCAUGAUGGAGUUGGGAACACAUGCAGCGGGAGUGGCUUCAUGAUGGCCUCCAAUGGAGGUUACAACAGUGUGGAUCUGACUUGGUCCCGCUGCAGCAGACAGCAGCUGUUAACUUUCUACAGAGAAGGGAAAGCUGAGUGCGUAAAGGAUCUACCAGCCCUCGAAGGCUCCCUGCAGGACUGGAAGCCUGGCCUAUAUUAUGGGGGUGAUGACCAGUGUCGAAUAGCUUUUGGGAGCACUGCAAGAAGUUGCACUUUUACCAGUCCAGAUCUGCCGGUGUGUAGAGUUCUUUCUUGUCACACAGAGCCUAACGAUGACAGCUCCUGCAAACGUCUUCUGGUACCACUGCUAGAUGGGACCCAGUGUGCACCUAAUCAAUGGUGUCUGAAAGGACGUUGCGUGUUCCCCGACCAGCUCAGCACCUCUGCAGUAGUGCAUGGCACUUGGUCCAGUUGGUCUGGGUUCUCCCCAUGCUCACGGACAUGUGGAGGGGGCGUCACUUACCGCACACGCCAGUGCAACAACCCAAGACCUGCUUUUGGAGGAGAUGAUUGUGCGGGUCGGGAUAUUGUGGGUGAACUUUGUAACCAGCAGCCAUGUCAGCGGACCCAGCUGGAUUUCAUGGCUGAGCAGUGUUCCAAAACAGAUCUCCAACCCCUUUAUCUGCAUCCAGGUCAGGCCUACUUCUACACCUGGGUCCCUGCAGUAGGCUUCUCACAAGGUGAUGAGCAAUGUAGAUACAUGUGUCAGUCAAAGGGAGAAGCCUUCAUGGUGAGCCGUGGAUCUCAGUUUGCUGAUGGAACACGGUGCGAACCCGAUGGCCAACUUCCUUCUGGUGCAACGGCUGCUUGUCUGCAAGGGAAAUGCCAGGUGUUUGGCUGUGAUGGCGUACUGCACUCUGGGAAAGUGAGGGAUGUGUGUGGUGUGUGUGGUGGGGAUGGAUUUUCCUGCAUGAUGAACUCUGACUCCUAUAAUGGAGGUCAGGCCAGAGAGUACACCACUUUCCUGUCUUUGCCAUUAAAUGCCACAGAGGUUUACAUUGUCAACAGGUCACCUCUGUUCACUCAUAUGGCUGUAAUGUACGAAGAUCAAUAUAUUGUGUCUGGGGCGGGCAGAAUGGUGCUAAAUAUGACCCAUCCUUCACCACUGGAGGAUAACAAGUUAGAGUACCGCCUCCAUCUGACCGCUGACUUUUUGCCCAAGAUGGAGGAGCUACUGCUGCCAGGACCAGUGAAGAAGCAGAUAAACAUCCAGGUUUAUCGUAAAUAUGGAAAGGAAUAUGGCGAGAAGACAAAUCCCAACAUUAGCUACCAGUUUUAUGUGCCCACUGCAAACAGCAACUUGCCAGAAAUCAAAUUUAAAGGCAAAUGGAGUGUUAUUACAUCACCCUGCUCCGUUUCCUGUGGCUCAGGUGUGCAGAAGCAUCAUUACGUGUGUGUGGACAAAGAAAGCAACACACAUCUGGAGGAACACUUAUGUGAUACACACCCUCCACCUUUACCACUGCAUACACCCUGUCAACUUCCAGCCUGUCCACCAAGCUGGACCACAGGACCAUUUGGACCCUGUAGUGCUUCCUGUGGUGGAGGAGAGAGAAUCCGUCCUGUGAGAUGUGUUCAGAAAAAUGGCGAUGAUGUUGUGAACGUUUUAGAUUCGAAAUGUCCAGCUGAUUCAGCUCCAAAUGCUGUUGAAGCAUGCAAUCGUCAACAUUGUCCUGCCAGAUGGCGCGUAUCAGAGGUAGGGGGCUGUUCAGCAGUGUGUGGGCUCGGAGAAGUGAAAAGAAGCGUGUCAUGUGCAUGGCAAGAAGACGGCCAUGAGGUUGAAGUUGAUCAAAGCUUGUGCUCAUAUCAAAUAAGACCUCCUGAAUUUGUUGCCUGUGUGGUGGACGUCUGUCCUGUUGGUUGGGAAGCAAAGAGAGAGAGCCAGCUUGCUGUGAAGUCUGGUUUGAUGCCACACUCUAGACAGGAUCCUGUAUAUGUGUGGAGUCCUGUUACCAGUCAGUGCUCAAAAAGCUGUGGCAAUGGAACAAUGCAAGUGUGGUUCUCCUGUGUGGAACAUCAGACCACACGGAGCUUCCCUGACUUCCAUUGCGAUCCUUCAACCAAACCAUCUCCUAAAUCUGAGAACUGCAACACAUCACCUUGCCCUCCCAUGUGGCGGUCUAAGAUAGGAAUCUGCAGCACAACAUGUGGAGGAGGCGUUGCCAACAGGGUGCUGUACUGUGCUAAGGAGACAGACGAUGAAGAGAAAGUGGUGGAUGAUUCUGAAUGCAGGGACUUUCCUAGACCCACAGCAGUGGUGUCAUGUAACAUGAUUGAAUGCCCUGCACGAUGGAAGAUUCUGAGCACGUCACCAUGCUCUGUGUCUUGUAAUCUGGGUGUAGCCCACAGAAAUGUGUCCUGUGUCCAGUUUGUCCAAGGCAAGGAGAGCGUAGUACAGGAGGACAGCUGCCAUGCGUCAAUCAAACCAGCCACCACCGUGCCCUGCCUUGUGCAGUUGUGCACCUUUAGGUGGGACGCAAAACAAUGGAGCCAGUGUUCAGUGUCUUGUGGAUAUGGCAUCCAGUCCAGAGCAGUGUCAUGCAUGGGGCCCUCUCAGCCGGAACCCAUCAGCCCUCUACUUUGCAUGCACAUACCCAAGCCGAUCACCAUUCAGGGCUGCAGCAUGGGCAGCUGCACAGAUGUUCCACCAACUUCAGUUGUUAUGCCAACUAUGCAUCCUGCAGCGAGUGAUGGAGGACCUUCUCCCACCCCACAAAAUUCAAUUAGAAAUUGGUACAGCGUAAGAUAUCUACCUCCAACUCCAACUGGUACAGUCACCAUCCUGCAGUCCACCACUCCAGCCAGUCCAUCACCUAAACAAAAUGCGUGUGGUCAGCUCCUCUUGCAGGAGUCAGGCACAGUGGACUUGAGAGAUGUUAGUGGUCACUGCACUGUCGCCAUAGGUCGACCCUUGGGUGAAGUCAUUCAUAUCAAAAUUGAGUCAAGCUCCUUAAACUGCAAAAAAAGAGAGUAUGCUGUUUUUUUUGACCAACUGGCACUUGUGAAGAAGUGCGACCAGGCAGCAGGUAGCGUGCUGACAACCAGAACCAAUGUACUUCUUGUGGGCCAACGUGUGUACGCUUCUCGGAAUGGGGUUGUGUUCACCUACAGCUCGCAAAGAAACACAAAAAAGAGCCAUUAUCAAGAUUGUGACAAGCAGCUGUUUUCCUCCAGUGGAGUCUUUGAGAAUCCAACAACACCUGAUAUUAACCACACCUGCCGGGUCCUCAUCAACGCCCCUCCCUCAGUGAAGAUCCGAAUUCAAGCAGUGCACAUAGGAUUGGUCUUCAACACUACAAAUUUACAGUCUACAUAUAUUAUGAUCCGGGACAAGAAUGUUUUGACAACCAACGUGUUUAAAGGCCCGCAGCUGUUUUUGUGGCACUCCUCUGGAUCUAUGGCUGAAAUUGAAUUCCAUGGAGACUACCUGCACACAGCAGAGAGCUUUAGGGCAGAAUAUUCCUUUGUACAGCUUUGAGCUUUUUGAUUACUGAGCAAAUAUUUCUUUCAACAAUAAGCAAUGGCAAUAGAAUAGAAAUGUGAUAGACUUAAUGUUACAUUUAAUAAGUACACUUUGCAAUUUUUGUUCAUGUAGUGUUUUUUAUAUAUGUAUUCAACACCAUGUAACAAAAUAUAGAAUUUACAUGCAGCAAGAGGUGUUUCAUUUCAAAGUCCCUGCAUCAACAGUCAAGUGUCCGAUCCUUGGAAACUUUACAUACAGCAGUAGUAGUAGUUUACACCAACACCCUCAGUGCAUUCAUUGCCUGUCCAUGUCAGUGAGGCAUAAAGUACUGGCACAACGUCGGUGCUGGUUGAUUUCCAGUUCCCAUAUAAAACACCAGGGUCUCAUGCAAGGGUUCACUGCUUGGCUGUUGCUGUGUCUUCCAGAAGAGCUCUCAUGUCCAACAGAGCACCAUUUACAGUUUGUGCAAACUUGGCUGCGUUUGUCUCCUCACAGCUGUUGAAGGCUGUGAUAGCGAUGUUGAUGUGCUCAUCCAUGGGAUUGUAACACACUCCAUAGCCAUCUGGCACCAUUGGACCGAAGCACAUCACACAGUCGGUCUUGGAACCAACCUGGAAAGGACACACACCAAUGAGGAAUCAGACAUGAGUUAAAAAAAAGAAGCUAGUAGUGACAAUUUCCUCAAAAAGUUGGGUCUAAAUGCUGAGAAAUGCUAUUAUCGAGCUGAAAUGCUUGACAAGGAAAUUAAUCAAGGACUCAGCAUGUUAGAGUAACCUUCAGAAGAAAUACAAAUAUGCUCCCAAUAACGCUCACAGCAUCCACUCAGAAGCACAAGAUGUGCACCGGUCAACCUAUGACUUUGCCCAAAAAGACAAAUACUGCAAUAUGCAAUGUAAGUUACAGAAAAUGUGUCAAAAUGCUGCAUGUGACUAAGUGACUCUUCCUUUAUGUUAUGCUCCACCGAACAUGUUGGGCUUUAGGGUUUGCCUUCAGCUUCCUGUUGUGUGCUCCUAUUUUUGUUUUUUUCCCUAUUUUGCAUUACCUUUAUUUACAUUGCAUAUUUUCAACUCAAAGGAGAAACUAGGAAAUAUUUCCACUCUGCCGACAUACACCCAGCAGUUUGAUGAGAUACGCCAAUACCUAUGCCGAACAGAGAUACACCUGUACAUUCUUGAAUGCACUGUAUCUAAGUGAACAUACCUGGCUUGUGGAAAGAUUGUAAUGGUGAGCCACAGCAAAAGAGGUGUCCAUGAAAAUCUCAGGCAUAGAAGUCAGAUCUUCAAUACCCUGCAUCUUCAAUCCCAGAAGAUGUCUGUCUACGGCUUGUCCAUGAAUGGCCUAAAAAAA